AUGUCUGCGCUCAAGAAAUACGUUCCAUCAUUCCUCCUCCCCACCGACGAACCCCAACAACCCGGCCGCAUCUACGACGUCCCGCUCCGCAGAGAACUGUUUCACAAGGCCCGGCCGGGUAACGAAUACAGUGUCUCCGCCAGCCGCAACAACAGCGUUGUGAGCGAGCGUAGAAGGAGUUCCGCCGCCACCACAGAAUCGAGAAGGGAGAGCUGGCAUCCCGGGAUGGCCUUUGAAGGGCUGAAGUCCAAGCUACACUUCUAA